AUGCGUAGCCUGCCUGCGCUCGCGCGCGACGGGCGUUUACGUCGUGACGUCUGAACGAGAGGACGCGGGUGUUUCUGAGACUGCGCAGUAGGGUCGGUCGGUGGGCCGCCAGCAGUCAGACUAGGCCUGAGGCUGGAAGCGACGCGGAGAUGGGGGCGGCGGCCGCGGAGGCCGAUCGCACUCUGUUCGUGGGUAACCUGGAGACGAAGGUGACGGAGGAGCUCCUCUUCGAGCUCUUUCACCAGGCUGGGCCAGUAAUAAAGGUGAAAAUCCCCAAAGAUAAAGAUGGCAAACUGAAACAGUUUGCAUUUGUGAAUUUCAAGCACGAAGUGUCUGUUCCUUACGCCAUGAAUCUUCUCAAUGGAAUUAAACUUUUCGGGAGGCCUAUCAAAAUUCAGUUUAGAUCAGGAAGUAGUCACGCCUCUCAGGAUGCCAGUGUGUCAUAUCCCCAGCAUCAUGUUGGAAAUUUAAGCCCUACCUCCACGUCUCCUAACAGCUAUGAAAGGGCGGUGGGUAACAUGACUCCUUCAGCACAGAUGGUCCAGAGGUCCUUCUCUUCUCCAGAAGAUUAUCAGCGGCAAGCAGUGAUGAACAAUGUUUUCAGACAGAUGUCAUAUGGUGGGAAGUUUGGUUCUCCGCAUUCAGAUCAGUCGGGAUUUUCUCCAUCAGUUCAAUCACAUGGUCAUACCUUUAACCAGUCUUCCAGCUCCCAGUGGCGCCAAGAUGCAUUGUCAUUACAGCGUAAAAGACAGAAUUCUCACCCCUACCUAGCAGAUAGACACUAUAGCCGUGAGCAGCGCUACUCUGAUCAUGGGUCUGACUAUCAUUACAGAGGAGGCCGAGAGGAUUUCUACUAUGAUGACAGGAAUCACGAUGGUUGGAGCCAUGACUAUGAUAACAGAAGGGACAGUAGUAGAGGUGGGAAAUGGCCUUCAUCUCGACAUUAACUAACAUUCCAAGGACAUUGUUUACAGGGCCAUUUUAGGCCCUUUUAAUGAAGUUGUUCUGGAAAUAUUUUUAACAACUGUAUAGAGUAGCCCCACAAUUUUCCACCUGUCUUUGAAAAAAGAUGUUUUUAAGUCUAGCAGUCUCAUAGAGAACUGAGAACUGUGGCUCCCUGUUUGUUCCUUUACUUACCUUACCUCAGGGUUUCCGAAGAGGAAGGAUUUUAUACAAAAGAAUGUGCCACCAUUCCGGUCAUGUCAGCUAGGAGAGAUGAACUGUAUAGAUUGGUUGUAUUAUAAAGCAAAUAUUUUAAUUAUCUCAUCCUUUUGUGUUGCAAGAAAUUUCUUGGUAAUGAAUCAUUUUGGUGUAUAUAGUAGGAAACAUCCAGGUUGGUAGUCUGAAAUGGCUAUCUGCAUUUUGCUAAUAAAUGAGAAAAUAGAACUUCUCAGUAAUCCAUUCUAUUAACAGUUUAUUUAAACAGUUGAUUUGUUUUUUAGAGGAUGAAUCAUUUUCUAACUCAGAAUUUAAGUACAAAUUCUGUGGUAUGCUCUUGAGUUUUAUCACAAACAUACAUUGUAAAUCUAUACUAGUUCAUUCUAAGAACUCUAAAACUCUUUCAUUAAAUUGUAUUUGCUGUAUGACUAGUCACUCAGGAAGUUAAAUAUCUACAUGUAUAUUUUUACAUAAAAAGACAGUGUUGAUGAAAAUUCUUUUUAGAGGAACAACGAUGUUAGCACAUAAAAUGGCAAAUGUUUCACUGAAAGGAUUAUUAUUUUGAAAUUUUGUUUAACAAAACGUGCAUGUUUCAAGAUCCUGUUGCUCAUUCACUGCAAAUCAUUUUUAAGAAUUUAUUAUGAAAAAUGGAUCCUCUUUAUACCACAGCAUUUAUACUGUUUUUUCUAUAUUAAAUUCAUGAAAAGAGAAUGUGUCUCUUUAUUUUGGCAUCAUUGACGUCAGGGGUAUCCAAUAACUUAGCAGUGUACUUUAAGUCUUAUUUGUUCAUGCUUUGUUUGGUAAAGAUUGUCCAUCUUACAGCAUCUUCUGUAGAUUUGCCCUGAUGCAUGGCAAGACUUCUCUCAACAUAGAUUAUGGUGUAGAGCACUGUGAACUAUUAUUAGUUCCUUUGCUUUCUACUCUCAGAUGUUCUAAGUGUCCAGGCUCUGUGUUCUCACUUGGCAUAGGUUAAGGUUUUGUUUGUUAAAUAAAUUGUUUGCUUAAGCAGU